UGAGAUUUCAUUGGAGGUUGUGAGUGGUAGCAAAACCCUAAUAACCGCUGCGUUGUGCGAUUGGCGCCCGCGGAAGCCGAGUUUGAAAGGCCAGGGUGGCGCAACGAAUAAAUUUGAUGGACCAGUCCACACCACAGCCUCUGCAGGGGCAUCGUAGCUCAUGACUCCAAUGUUGCAGAAACGUUUCUUCUGCACCGAGCUAUCCAAGACCCACCGCCUAAAAUGGAACAUAAAGCAAGUCACCAAGUCCAACUUCAUUGAAACACUCGAAGAAAUCAAGACCCAUAUCUCCGAUUCGGACUACAUCGCCGUUUCCCUCCAGAAAACCGGCUCCUUCUCGGCGCCGUGGCACCGUGUACUGCCCUUUGACGCCGCUGACAGCGCCUACUGCAAAGCCAAACACGCAGCUGAGCGCUUCCAGGUGCUUCAGUUUGCUGUGUGUCCUUUCUCUAUUGAGGCUCCUUCGAAAGUGGUGGCCCACCCAUAUAACUUUCAUCUGUUUCCUAGGGAUGAACUGAAAUUGGGGAUGCCAUCUUACAGUUUUUCAUGUCAAACAUCAUAUUUGACGUCCAUGGCCCAAGAAGGUUUUGAUUUUAAUGCCUGCAUAUAUGAUGGCAUUUCUUACUUAUCUAGAGCUCAAGAGUCUGCUAUUAAACAUCAAAUAGGGAGUCUGAUACCUAGUAGUCAAGUAAUCAGAUCAUCUUCUUCUGUCCCUUCAGUUGCUGAUGCAGUUUUUAUGGGAAGAAUCAGAUCACGGAUUAAAUAUUGGAGAAAUGAAUAUAAAGAGUCAAGCAAGAGGGCUGAUGAGGCUUUGGUGGUAUCCCUGAGAAAACUUGUCUUAGGAAGUGAACUAUAUGGAUCGCGACCAUGCAUAAAUAUUGAUGUUUGCAGUGAACAUCAAGUGAACCUUGUGCUUGAGAUCCUGCGUGAGUUCUCUGAGGACCUUGUACCUUUAAUAAUCCCAGCAAAGGGUGGGGGAACCCAGGCAAUUCGGGUUGUUUUGACAAGUUCUAGUGAAGACAAGGAUCUUUUGCAGAAAGAGCUUCAGAAUCUUGAAGAGGAGCAAAACAAGAGAAUUCGUGGCUUUCGAGAGGUGAUCGAUUUGAUUUCUGCUUCCCAGAAACCUGUUGUCUCCCACAACUCCCUUAAUGAUUUUACGUUUGUUCAUUCAAAAUUUUUAGCUCCUCUACCUCCUAAUGUCGAUGAGUUCAAGCAUUCCUUGCACUUGAUUUUUCCCCACAUACUUGACAUCAACCACUUGAUGAUGGAUAUUGGCCCUCGGAAGAAGAAGACAAAUUUGCCUGCAGCAAUUUCCUACUUGAAGAGACGGUUCUUUGUGCCCAUUGAUAUGGAAAUUCCUCAAGAAGCUGGGGCAAAAGAAGGCAAGAUCCAUGGGCAUAAUGUUUUGAGGAUUAGCCAUUUGUUUGUGAAACUCUGCUCCAUACUGAAGAUUCUUCAUGAUACUGCCCAAUCUGAUAUCAGUGAUCCGAUUUCUGUCCUUGAAGGCUACACAAACAUAUUCAAUCCAUGUUGUACCUCGUCACAACCAAUUGAUGGGAGUAUCAGAAUGUGGACUGGUGACAAAAGAAAAGUAAGCAGUGAGGAUUUGGUUUUCUUGUGGGGAUUUAGAGCUGGGAUGUCUGCUGGAGCGCUGAAGAGCCUACUACAAGGGUCCCAUGACAUUUUCUCUGGGGAUUUUGAUGUCCGCUUGGUGGAUAAGAGCUGUGGCGUUGUAGUCUUCUGGCAGCCCGGUUUGUCCAGGAAAUUUUUGGAGCUUAUGGGUGGUGAGGGGCUUUGUGGAUCCUUGAGGGAGAUGGUCACAGAUGGUCUAAAAGCAGCAAGUUAUGAAACUUACGAGAGAGUCUGUAGUUUGGGAUUAUGGGAGGUCGAUUUAGCAGAUUCCUUGGACAAAACCCUUGCAGAUCCUGACUGCCUUCUGGAUGCAGGUUCUGAAACAAAGCCAUCAGCGAUAUACUGGAACAGCGACUCUAUAAUUAACUUUUAUGACCUUUGAUGUUGUCUUCUUUUUGUAAAUGUGAUAUGGGAUUCUUUGAUUCAUGAACUGGCACAAACUGGCAUCAUCUUCAAUCCAGUAAUGAGUCGGCAUUCAUGGACAUAAAACUGUGCGAGAACCUUGAAAACCCAUGAUCAGAUAAAAUGGUUGUUGAUAUGCGCUGAACUCAGGUUGGACACCAUGCAAGCUACAACAACUUACGUUAAACAUACAAUGUAUGGUUCAUGUGCUCCUAGCACAAAGGGUAAUGCAUCAUGGGCUCAGAUCUUUUAUCUUCAUGAAUGCUGAAGCACUUACAUUGGUGUUAGAAAUGAAAUGAAGCUGAAAUUUAUGUCUUGGAUUUGUUAUUAUUGUAACAAAUCAUUUUUUUUUUAAUUUGCAAUGUAUAAUUUAUAUCAGACAUCAUAUAUUAAAUAAUGUAAGUGUAAUUUAUUACAGGCAUCAAGCUUGAUUCUCAAA